AUGCACACUCCCCUCGAGAGCCCAGAGAAAGACAGCGUUGUCGACGACCAAGGUCACGAUGGUUGUGAAUCGCGUAAAUGUCUCGGAAGAAGACAUACGUACCUCAUUCUUCAAGCCAAACAGAAGACUCCUACUCUUUCAAUAGCUCCGACUCCGGAAGAAAGCCAUUUACAAGAUUUAGCCGACCGACUCCAAAGUUGCGCGCACCUCGUCAGUUCUCUGACACCGAAGAACAGUCCCAUGACCAACAAGUCUUUAGCAUCUCUCCACGAGAGCUUCCGACGUGCGACUUCAUCGACUCAGUCUCAUUGUGAAGAUGAAAGCCGAGACUUAAAUGCAAAUCGCCCCGAUCUAGGCAACUCUCGCAGGGAGGGGCGAAGACCCUGGUCGGACCGCAAUGGCAAUCGCGGUCUACAGGACGUCAUGCGCCAGCAACUCGACCCGAGAACAGCCCGAGGCUUCGACAGGUUUACAGCACUUUGCAAAGGUCAUCUCUGUCGGAGGCUGCUCGGCUGUAGCAGGGUACAAGGAAUCAUAGGAACCAUAACCGACAUGGUGCAGAUGGCUUUCGAGUUGCAUCAGCUGGAAGAGAGGAAUAAACCCAACGAUAUGGACAUAGAGCUCCACGAGAAAGUUUUGCUCACAUUGGAUGAUUCCUGCCAAGAGUUGUAUCGGAUUUUCUUUGAAGCUGCUCCGUCGGAACGAAUUCAAUUGAUUCGAGACUCGAAUGCCAAUCAGAUGACAGUCGAUAGAAGCGGGGCUCCGGUGAAGAGGUUGAGCUCGGCGACGCUCAAACGACGCAUUCGACUUCAGAGGGACGCCGACCUGAAAAGGAGAUGGAAAAAUCAUUUGGAGAUUUCUCUGAUCGGAGAUUGUCUCCGAUCCUGGCAUUAUCAUGUCUCGGCUACCCAUAUAAUCCAGUACGGCGAUCUUGAUCAAAUUUCCCUCGGUCGAUGGAAAAGAGACGGGACUGGAGAUGUAGACGGGCAUGCUCUUCACUCGGAGUAG